GUGAUCAGGGUGCCGGCCCACAGACCCAUGCCGCCUCCGCCGCCGCCCGCCGCUGCUGCACCUCAUCCGCCCCCUUCGGCACAUCCGCCAUGCAUCGGACCCGGCAUCGCCUCGGUACCCGGGAUGGGCAUGGGGAAUGCGGCAAACUUCACCUUCCCGUGGAUGGAGAGCAGUAGGAGGUUUGCAAAGGACAAAUUGACAGGGGAGCAGGCAGAGGAGAGCCGAGCUGGAGAGGCCACAGGGGGGCCGGGGUCUGCCGGGUCCCUCUGUCCUCUCCCCAAGGGAGACAUCGGCAGGGUCCCUGUCUGGAGCACUAUGGAGACAUUAGCCAAAUGCUAUUACCCCGAGCUCGCUCACCUGCGAGACGGCAAUGGCCUUCUAGCAGACUAUCCUUUUCCAAAGGGGGCUUGCCAAGCUUCCCUCUCACCCUUCUCCGUGACCCGUCGUAUCGGCCACCCUUACCAGAACCGGACGCCGCCCAAGAGGAAAAAGCCUCGCACCUCCUUCAGCCGAGUUCAGAUCUGCGAACUGGAGAAACGUUUCCAUCGGCAGAAGUACCUGGCAUCGGCUGAGCGCGCCACCUUGGCCAAGGCCCUGAAGAUGACAGAUGCACAAGUCAAGACCUGGUUUCAGAACAGACGGACAAAAUGGCGGAGACAGACUGCAGAGGAGAGAGAGGCCGAGAGGCAGCAGGCCAACCGACUGAUGCUGCAGCUUCAGCAGGAAGCGUUCCAGAAGACGUUGAGCCAGCCUCUGCAGCCGGAUCCGCUCUGCCUGCACAACUCCUCCCUGUACGCCCUGCAGAACCUGCAGCCCUGGGCAGACGACAAUAAGCAACAUGGGGGAGCGUGUGUAGAGAGAGACAGCUAUCUGUUACUGCCAAGACCUACAAAACACUGUAUGCAGACUUGACAGCACAGGAGCCGCACCGCUGUUUGUCAAACUGACGGUCUAAAAGAGAGGAGGGCACUUUAUCCAUAAGUGCCAGGAAACAAAUGGACACCUCUGUACAUGCCCAACUAUCAAGACUGUCCCCUCUUUUGCCUCUGGAUCCCUCAUGAGGCAGCAGAGACUCUCUGCCAAUAAUGGCAAAAAAAGACCUCCUGUUUUUCGCUUUCAACUUUGUACAAUGUAGUAAAUGCAUGUUUCAACCCUUUUCUGUGUGCACUCGGAGGUACCAUUGAAGUCAGCUGCCAUUGAGGUGGACUGCAGUGUUCAAGUGGUAGUGGAUUGGUGGAACUCCCGAUGACGAAUUCCUCAUUAUUAUGUUCAAUUUAAAGGUGUUUUAUAUUAAAUGAUAUUGUGACUUUUUGAAAAGAUGACAAA